AAGAGAUCCUUUGCACGCAUUGAGUUGUGGCUAGGUAAUCAUUACUUAACUGCAUCUCCCCCCUUAGCCCAAGUUGCCCCGCGUUUAAGCAACGAACUUCAACGAAGCGCUAAUCGGCCUACCUAGUACCGAGUACAUACUUAGGUAGCAAAUACUAUUCAAUAUCCAAGACCAGGAACCUGGUUGAGGACUACCCGUCUGCCCCGUGUAUACACACACCCGGGGCAUAGAAUGUUACCCUAAACCCUAUGUACUGUUCUAUUAACACAUACUGCCCACAAUGCCCAAAGUCGAUAACGAGAUCAAUGGGCGUCUAGCCCUGAUAACAGGCGCUUCUGGAGGACUCGGAUCUGCUUGCGCUCGAGACUUGUGGAAUAACGGUGCCUCCCUAGCUCUGACUUGCUUUCAGAACAGAAAACCGUUAGAUGAUCUAGCCGAGGAGCUACGAAAAUCAGAUGGUGGUAGUGAAGGUCGCAAGAUUAGUAUCCAUCGCGUGGAUACUGCCUCGGCCGAGGAUAUCGAGCGGCUCUUCCACGAACUCAAGGAGCAGCAUGGGCAAGAUGGUCCAGAUAUUCUAGUCUCAAACGCGGGAUAUGGGAAGAGACAACCCGGCAUUCUGGAUGUGAGUCUGGAAGAGUUCGAUUACACCCUCAACGUGAACUUGCGAGCUUCGUUCAUCCUUACAAAACUGAGCAUUCCGCACAUGGAAGCCCAAGAGUGGGGACGAAUUAUAUUCAUCUCUUCUAUCGCCGCGCAAGGGGGGGGCAUCAACGCUUGUCACUAUGCAGCCUCGAAAGCUGGUCUAACGGGUAUGAUGAAGAAUCUGGCCAUGAAGCACGCCAAGGUAGGGAUUACUGUCAACGACGUAGCCCCGGCCAUGAUUGGCGAGACCGGGAUGAUACCGGACGCGAAAUUCGUCGAGGGUACGCCGGGCGACGUGAAGAAUAUUCCGGUUGGUCGAUUAGGGAUGCCGCAAGAAUGCGCAAACGUCGUUACCAUGAUGUGUAAGACAGGCUAUUUAACCGGGCAGAGCAUUCUACUGAGCGGUGGUCUGAAAUAGGUAGUUAUACUUGGGUUCAGCUUGUGUGUUUGCGCCUUUCAAAUCUGACAUGCAUUCGGCAUACUUGCUCAGUCCAGCCAAUUGAAGAAAAACACGAUUAAUUAAUUGGCUUACCGUGGUAUAAGCUGUGUGAGGCUUUUCUUUUAUGCAUAGGUAUGCUGUUACUUUGUGUAGGUUAGUAAUUGCAUUAUAUCGUCAGAUAUGUUUCCAGGUUAGUUGGAGAAGUAUCAAUUGAUAAACCCGUUACUAGUA